AUGCAUAACGCUAUAUGCCUGGGAUUUGACCUAAACGCGGUGGCUGCAUGCAGUUUCUCCUACAUAUCACCAUUCUACCAACCUAAUGCUACGCCUCAGACUGAUCCAAAAGACCUUCUCACAUCAGCGAAUCUACCGACGACUAAUACGAUGCCGGCGAACCUUCGUCCCACAUUAAGCCAGCUACUUAUUCCUCACCAUGCCAGCCUGGAUCUCAUCCCACUUCCGCUGCUUCAUGAACGGGCAAUCAUGCUCUCGGCUGCUAUGCCCAUUGCAUACAAUUUGACGGAAUUUAAAACAGAUAUCUUUGUUCGAGGAGGUCUAAUGGUCUGGUCUUCAUCCGCAACAGAACUCAGCGAUGCAGUGACAAAUACAAAGAGAAGUUGUUUACAGCCAUGGGAUAGCGAAUGCUGGGAGGCUGCUCCCUGGUUCCUCGAAAAAUGGAGCAUUGUUGUUGAUGGGCGGCAAGGUGAGCUUGGGAGGAGGAGUCUACGAGACGUCUAG